UUAUUUAGCCCAGUGGCAUGUGCUCAACUGAAUUGAACUGUGUUGUUUCUGGGCACCAGUUGUUUUUUGUUAGGUCCGUAUUCUGUGAUGCAGUUUCAAUUCCUAAUACUGUCUGUUUACAUAUAUAUGGUUCUUUAGUCUUUUGCACCGCUACGCGCAGCCCCCUUCCACUGCCCCCUUCCACCGUGGUGUACGUGCGCAAAGCAGAACGGCUUGUGGCGGACUGGGUGUUACAGAAUGGCGCCCCCUGUAGAUGAGUGUGAGAAGGACACCCUGAGGCAGUGCCUGCAGGCACGCUCCCAGCUGGAGACGGCCAUCUCUGCGGUGACCAGGGCGGAGCUACAGCUGCACGACAAUGCCAGAGAGGUGAAGUCCCAGCUCCACAGCUGUAUCAGCCGACACCUGGAGUUCCUGCGCUCUCGUGAGGUCUGGCUGCUCGAGCAAAUUGAGAUCAUCCAGCACCUCAAAGAGGAGUCCCUGCAGCAGCAGCUACAGCAGCUCCACUGGCUCCUGGGUCAGUUUAGUGUUGUGGUUCAGCAGCUGGAGAGUUCUAACAGCAACAGCCUGGCCAACCAGAUCACCACCUGCCUGGAGAAGUUGUCCAGUCUGAGCCUGAACCCCGCGGAGACCCCUGAGAUGAGUUUCCAGGCUGACGCCCGCUCCCUGCGCCAGGCCAUCACCUCCUUCGGGAACAUCGCCACUGAGGAGAUGGAGUGCCUACCAGCGGUUCUCAGUCCUCCAGAGAGUUCCGGGCCUUUCCUCAGUGCCUGGCUUCUGCAGAACUGCCCUUUGGCCCCGCAGCAGCACAGCGAGAGAGCCAAGCCCCUUGCAGAUUGGCUGCUGGGGAGCCGUCCUGUGACCGUGUGCCCUGCUGCUUACCAGUCAAGCACCGACCCCCAGGACUGGCUGCUGAGACCGGGGGAGAGGGGACAGGUUCCCCCACCUUUGGCCCACUUCGAUUUAGAGGCGGCUUGGGGCCAGCUCUGUGACCUGGAGGCCUGGCUGCUGCCGGACAGAGCGCCCCCUAGGGACCGCACCCUGAGUGACGUCAGCACCACCAGCAGCAGCAGCAGCUCUGCACUGUCCAUAGAGAAGAUAGAAGAGUCAGAGCUGAAUUACAGUGAAGAGGAAGAGGAGGAGAGAGAGGGGAGCAGCAGCAAUAGUGUGGACCUCGGUGACUGGCUCAUCACCCCCACUGCAGGAGACAUGGAGAACUACACACACAGCAGCAGCACCCCCACUGGAGAAACGGAGAAUAACAGCAAGAAGAACCAACAAGCGCUCGUCAGCGACCUCUUCAGACCUUUCCACGAGACCUUCUCCUCCAGUGAUUGGCUGCCCAAGACUGAAGGGGGGUGUGGCUCCUGCUGCGUCACCAAGACCGUAGCAAUCGAGAUCGAGAACCUGGGGAACCUCAAGUGUCUGAAGCAGAGCCCCUCCUCUCCCACUCUGGGCUCGGCUGGCCAGGCCUGGCUCCUGCAGCAGCAGACGGCUCCUCCUCCAAUCAGAGUGGAGCAGGUGUGCAAGGCCAACGAGCCGUGCAAGAGCUUCUCGGAGUGUGUGUGCGAGGAGAACUGCGGUAAGGAGGCUCUGCGGUCCUGGCUGCUCAAGCAGGAAGGGCGAGACAAGAAUGGGGUGCCUGCUGCCGCUGACAAGAACGGGGUUAACCCCGACUGCGUGGGGGCCCUGCUGAAUAGCUGGCUGGACCCUAGCAGGAAGGAGGCCUCCUCCCCUCUUUCUACCUGGGUCUGCCCCUCCGCACAGGUCCAGGAGAAGGCCAGUCGAGAGGAGCAGAGCUCGGAGUCCAAGAGCCCCUUCCACAGCCCUCUGAGCUCCCAGUGCUGGGUGCUGCCCCACUCCCACUCCCAGCCCCAGUCUACCCUCCCCGCAGAGCAGAGCCCCUUCCUCAACCCCCUGUGCUCAGAGAGCUGGGUCCUACCCCAGUCACACUCCCUCUCCCAGCCCCAGCCUGAGAAGCACAGCCACUCUGACACAGCGGCUCCAGAGGAGGACAAGUGGCUGCUCCGCAAGAGAGCUCAUGUGAGUGCACAGGAGCGAUAUGGACUGCCUUCGGUCUGCGACCUGUUUGCCUGCAUGAAACUCAAUGUAGACAAAGAGCAGUGGCUGUACAGGACACCUAUACAGAUGUGAGGUGACCCAGAAAACCAUCCUGCCAAGAUUUGGGGAGAUUUGUGCGGUGCCACCUCCUAAUGAAGAGCCACUCAAUCGCUACUCGACGCACACGUUUACCCAUGGCCUGCUCCUUCUCUCGCUUCUCUGUUAAAUUCGUCUUCCUCCUUCUCCUCCUCUGUAUGUCUGUCUGUCUGUCUGUCUCUGGGCUGCGUUAUCUCCUUUCGUACUUAGUGUAAUGAUCUGCAGCUCUGAGCAGGAGGAACAGGAUUGACCCUGCUGCAUUGUGUUCCCAAACCAAGGGUCCAAGUCCAGAUAACAAAGGAGGGUGGGGGACUUAACCAGAAGGGGAGCACAGUGGUAGUUCAAUCCAGUCCUGCAGUAUCACCUGCAAUCCAGGGUUUUGUUUCAACCAUAAACUGAAUAUUGUGAGUGUGUCCUGUCUUGUCACUGUGGACAAAUUGUACAUGUAAUACUGUGGAGGGGGUGAUUUGCCCACAGGGGGAAUAUAGGCCUCUGUCUUAUUUAUCUAUGACAAAUCUCUAGUAUCUAUGAAAACAUGCAGACUGAGAAUCUAAGACUUGAGUCGUCAGGCUAGAGAUGUGUACACCAGGCUACUAGAUCGGUUUUAAUAAGGAACUGGUUGGAACAAAAGCCAGGAAAGACCAUUUGGGAGGAGUGGGGUUGAGAACCACAGUGCAAUGAAACUGAAGGGCAGCCGGCCCAGGUUGUACACAAAGGAGUAAGUCCAGUCUAGGUUUUGUGUGCCUGUUAACUGUGCUUUUGUCUUUUCUCUGGUACCAGAGAUGAUUAUAAUUAACAGCCACAUUGGGCUCUAAUACAAAAAACAAAAUGAUAGUUUCAGGGCCUAUAGUACUGGAACAACCCUCUUUUGAGAUUUGGGACUAAGCUGCAAUAGGGUAUUUUUAAUACAUAAAAUAAUUUUCAGUUUUUCUUUUUAAUUUGUAAGAAGUCAGACUUGUGUGGUUUCAGGUUGAUGCUGUGACUUAACCUUUUAAUUCUGGUUGAAUUUUCAGCCGACGCCAUCAGACUGCCACGGUGGUUGUUAGUUCAGUAGGGCUGUGAAACUCUGGCAUGCAUUCACUGUUCUCUUUGCAAUCACAGAGUGGACCAGUCUAAGUGCACUGAUAUCCCAUGUGUAAUUGACCAUGGAAAACAGGUCAGUUACCCUGGAGGUAAAGCCAACUGCAAGCAUAUCGGUGCUUUAAUGAAAUGAGGAACUACACAUCUUUGAGUAAGAAGACCAUUUUAAAUGAGUGUUUUGGAUGCUGUGUUGUACACAUUAGGCAUAGCAAACCUCCAGAGAGCAACUCUCUGCAGGUACAUACUGUAGGGGGAUUACUACUCUCCUGAUUAGGAGCCUGAUGGACAAGCUCCCUCCUGGUCAAGGGUUACUAUAACUUGCUGAUACAGUGCAAUGUCCAAAUUGUGACUGAAGCGUUUUGUUUCAGUAUUAUCUGUUGCCACAGAAUAUGGUGCCGAUCUAUCUACCCAACAGCGUGGUAGUUUCUGUGUAAUCUUUGUCUUGUGUUUAAACAGUGGAGUCAGUCUCCCUGCUGUGCCCCACACACUUUGUGGUGAGAACAGGAUCUGCAGUACUCGGUGCAAAGUCGCUACAGCUCAACACUUGCAGAGUCUGUAGGUUUAGAUGAAUGGAUAUUCCUGGUCUUUCUGAAACAGUCAUAUCUGUUAUUAUUAUUUAUUUCUUAGCAGACGUCCUUAUCCAGGGCGACUUAAAAUUGUUAUCAGAUAUCACAUUAUUUUUACUUACAAUUGCCCAUUUAUACAAUUGGGUUUUUACUGGAGCAAUCUAGGUAAAGUGUCCCCCACCUGGGAUUGAACCCACAACCCUCCAGUCAAGAGUCCAGAGCCCUAACCAUUACUCCACACUGCUGUUCAUUGAGUUGUGGGGGAGCAGCAUUUUUGCCUUGAUUUGUUUAUUUUUGAGGGGUAAAUCCCUCUUUACUCCAUGUUUCUUUGUUGGUGUAAAGUGUGCAGCAAGGUGUUGUGGUGCCAGCCCCUCCUUUCCUCUGACUGAAACAUGCCAUACCAUAAAAGGGUGGUCAUCAUCAUGAUUAUACAUGUGCUUUAUCAUCCUAUAUAGAAUAAAACCUUAUAUAUUAUAUUGCAUAUUCAUGUUUUAAAAGCUGUGAUCUAGGCAUAUAUAUCAAACUUAAUAAAACAUUUAACUGAAUCAA